AUUAGCGUCUCUUUGGAAAGACAAAGAAGUCGACUUUUCAAAGUAACAAGACAUUUACUUAACACAUUACUUCUGUACAUUUCUUUAAAUACUAGUAAGGUACAUUUUUCUAAAGUGUUGAAAUUGGAAGAGGGCGGCAAAUAUUAAGUUGCACACGGGCGGCCAACACCUUAGCGGCGGCCCUGUAUUUUAUUUAAAUUAUCUUUACAUUUAGUAGAAUUUUGUAGGUAUUAUAAAUAUAUUUCUCACAAAUUUCAUAUUAAAUUCCUUUGGAGCCUACGUCCAAACCCACGUUCCUGUUCAAAGGAUUGUUUUAAUAUAAUAAUUGCCACGAAUUUCAUUUAAGUAUUACGCCGAAAUUACAUUGAAAUGUGGAAGUCCCGUUUUUUUAUUCGCAUUGUAUUCAAAAGAUAAUGUAGGUAGAUUGCGAAACAUUAAUCUGAUUUACGUGCUGAAUAAUGAUUGGGUAAUUAAAUUUAUAAAAAGUAAUAUUUUAAUCAAAAGCUUAAUUAUUUCAUAAAUGAGUUUUUAUAUUAUAAUAUUAAACAAAUUUAAUAAAAACAUCAAGUUCGUAUUUAAUCUUAUUAAUUCCUAAAGUCUAAAGUACUAAAGUGUAAAUAAAUAAUUAAUUAUAAGGGAAAUUAUUUAUCCCUCCUUCACUGCGGUUUGACACAAGAGUUGUCAAGUGAUAUGUGAUAUCAACAAACAAACCCUAACCCAACUUUUUCGUUUGUUUCCUAGAACACUUUUUCAAGACAUAUGUUUUAAUAAAGUGAUAAAAAGAUAUAGUUUCAUUUUGGAGACAGUCCCUGAAAAACAUGUCGCAUAAAUAUUCAUCUUCAUUAAUUUGCAACUUCUUAAUUUUGUGUGCACUUUUUGGAUUUUCCAACAAUGCAGGUAUCAUGAAACCUCUGAAGGAUAAAGCUAAUGUAGGUAUAUUUUCCAUGAGUUCAAAUGAUUAUAAGAAGUAUUCAGAAAAAAUUGGUCUUUAUUAUUUAAAUGACGACGUUGAAAUUCUAACAGUAGAUAAUUUUAAAAGUGAACUUUAUGGCAACAAAAGGGCAUGGAUAAUUGAAUUCUACAAUGCUUGGUGUGGGUUUUGCCAACGAUUUGCACCUAGUUGGAAGCAGUUUGCAACAGACAUAAAGGAUUGGAAAGGUUUAGUAGGAGUAGGUGCCAUAGACUGUUCAGAUGAAACGAACACCGCAAUAUGCAGAGAAUUUGAAAUAAUGGGUUAUCCAACUCUUAAAUAUUUCCAUGAGAUGUAUGAAGAGGGCGCCACAAAUUUAGGACUGAAUAUUAAAACAGGAGGAGACGCAGCAGCACACAAACGUGUUCUUUUACAUACUAUAAUGGAUGAACAAACUGCCGAUAGGGGUAAAAUGUUCCCUACACUUCAACCUUUUACAGGUAGUCUCAAAGAUUUGUUUACAUUGGACAAUGAUCUCGCGUUUCUCGUUGUACAACAAAAUGUCUCCGAUUAUGUAGGUCAGGAAGUUAUGAUGGAUUUACAUAAAGUUAAAAACGUUAAUGUUAGGUAUAUUCUGAAAAAUGAAACAGUUUUAGUAACUAAAUUUGGCGUUACAAGUUUUCCAGCAUUGGUAGUUAUAAACAAAGAUGAAACUCACCAACUUUUAGAUGUUAAAGCCAAAGCUGAGUCAAUUAAAAAUGCCAUUCAAAAAUAUUUAUAUCCACACAAAACAACUAAUAGUAAUGAAGAACUAAUUAUUAAUAGAGAAGAUAAACAUUCACAAAAUGUAGUUAAUUUCUUAGACGAAAGGGAGAGAGCCAGGUUGAAAGAUAAAAUAAAGAGGAUGGGCGACGUAGUCUUCCAAAUGGAUUUAGAAUCUACUCUUAGGUAUUCUCUCAAACAUGAGGUAGGACUAGUUAAGGAAAUUACUGACGAGAGACUCCAAGCACUUAAAAACUACAUAAACGUCCUCUACAAGUAUUUUCCGUUUGGAAGAAAUGGAAAACUAUUCCUUCACGACUUAAAAGAGUUUGUGUGGUACAAAACUGCAGUUAAAGGAUCUGAUAUUGCAAAUUUUCUUAAACACGCUGAAAUGGAAAAUCAACUAGUGUUUUCUUCGCCACUAGGCCAGUGGUUAGGUUGUAAAGGUAGUGCAGAUAAUUAUCGAGGAUAUACUUGUGGCAUGUGGAAGUUAUUCCAUUAUCUGACUGUCAACGCUGCAGACGAAGCUGUCGGUUCAAAUCCUAGAGUUGUUCUCGAAGCAAUGCAUGGCUAUAUCAAAUCCUUUUUUGGUUGUUAUGAUUGCAGUCAACAUUUCCAAGACUUGGCCAGAAGAAGGGCUCUAUCUAAUGUAUCGUCAUGGGAUGAUUCGGUUUUGUGGCUGUGGAGCGCACAUAAUGAAGUCAACAAAAGAUUGUCGGGAGACGAAACGGAAGAUCCAGAAUAUCCCAAAUACCAAUUUCCCUCCAAAGUGAAUUGCCCGAGGUGUUACACCAAAGAAAAUACUUGGAACAUUCCAGAAAUAUUUUACUAUCUCAAACACGUCUACACUAGUAUUAAUGUGCGAUAUAUUGGUUCAGAUACAAGAAUAUUGCAUCUAGGACUUGAUGGUUCUCCAGAUUACAAAUCUGAACCAGGAUUUUUUAAAACCGUAGACACAGCAUUUUGUUUUAUACUUUAUGUAGCUUGUUUUAUGUUGAUCUUAGUACUAAUAUAUCUGUUUUCGAAAAGAGGUUAUAAGAAAAAGGCGUAUUUGCAUGAUAUACAUGGAAAAGUAUGAUUUUUUAACAAAAUUUGUUUAGUUAAUUAAUUCAAAGCAAAGUCAUUUAAACUAGAUUCCGAUUAAGGGGCCUUUAUCUCUUUAUCAUUUAAACUAGAUUCCGAUUAAGGGGCCUUUAUCUCUUUAUCAUGUAUUCAGUUCGAAAAAAAAACUAUUUAUUUUGGAAAUUAUUGUGUGACUUAUGGUAAACUGGGUUCGCUCAACUGAGACGUGUUUUGACCAGAGACAUGUAAAAGGGUAGACUUGGCUAGGGAUAUGCCACUCAAUGCAUCGAGGUGUAACGUCGACAUAGGAUUGAGUGGUCUAGCCAUCUUGGUCGGUCACAUGUGCGGGAUCGCUUGGUUAAAUGAGAUAGAUAGACCACCGAUCGACUAUUUGCAUGCUGUUUCCGCGUUACGCUUUUUUGGUGAGUAUGCCGAGUCUAGGCUUAAUAUGUCAAUGGUUUUGACAGAUUCAGAGUAGGAAACAUACAAUACAAAAAUUCCUACCUCACACUAUUAACAGCACAAAUAACCUUACUCUUUCAUUAAAAAAAGAAGAAUUAUUGGAAAUGGUGGGAGUGUAUACUAAACUCUUGUGGAAUUUAUUUCAAAAUAUUUUUAUUUUGUAUAAUAAGUAAUUUUCUCAUUUGUUAUCAAUACAUUAUAUUAUGGUGUAAAUAAAUAAUAAUUAUUGAUUGGGAUAAGAUUUAAGUUAUUUACGUUUGUUUAUUCUUAAUAUUGGCUAUGAGUAUGUGUUUGAUUGUAGGUAAUUUCCAGCCACGUCUAGUCUGUCAAAAUGUAACUAACUUUGCAAAAAAAAUAAUUACUAAAAUUACUAGACAGUUGCGUCUGAGAUUAGCGAACCGACUAUACAGGGUGUUAGUAAAUAAGUAUGACAAACUUUAAGGGGUAAUUCUACAUGAAAAAAUAAUGACAAUUUGCUGUAUAAACGUAUGUCCGCAAAUGCUUCGUUUUCGGGAUACGGGGUGUUGAAAUUUUUAUUUCAAACUGCCAAUUUUUUUAUUGCUCUAAGACCGGUUGAGCUAUGAAAAUUAAAUUUGGUUAGUUUUAAAAGGUAGUUAUUGCGCAUUUUUUGACAUACAAAUAACAAUUUUGUAUUCAUCAUUGGCGCGCCUAAGGGUAAUGGUCUGAAUUUUUUAAAGAAAAAAAUAGUACGCCACUGAGAUUUGUCAAAUUAAAAAUCAUUUUUGAAUUCCUCGUUCAGUUUACGAGAAAAAAUCUUUCUUGCCUAUUUUUCACAUGAGGCGCCGUUUUUAUGCAAAACAUGAAACAUCUUAACGUUUUCAAAGUUUUUGAAAUAAGUUUUUAUUCAUUUGGAAACUACCUCGAAUAAUUUGUAAGCGUUAAGAUGUUUUAUUUUUUUGUAUAAAAACGGCGCCUCAUAUAAAAAAAAGGCAAGAAAGAUUUUUUGUCGUAAAUUGAACGAGGAAUUCAAAAAUGAUUUUUAAUUUGACAUAUCUCAGUGGCGUAAAUUGAACGAGGAAUUUAAAAAUGAUUUUUAAUUUGACAUAUCUCAGUGGCGUACUAUUUUUUUCUUAAAAAAUUUAGACCAUUACCAUAAUAUGUUCUGUUAUUGUUCUAGUUUGUUAUUAUUAUGUUGGAGAGUUCUUGAUAAUGUAUUAACCUUCCGAUGACCAACCUUUUUUUGUUACACGGAUGACCAGACCAAGGGGGGGGGAAUGACCCCAGGUCAAAAAUGUCAAAAGUGACAAUUCACAAAAAAGUUAAGUUUUUUUUAUGGCAUGGACUUUAUGUCAUUCAGCCAGUCACAACAUGAGUAUUAGUGUCAUGUGUAGUGUGUAUGUUGAGUACCGUAAAAUGGGGUUAAUUUGACCGAAAACAUAGAAAAAUAUCUAUUGUGAUAUACUUCAGCCACCCUGUAUAAUUUUUAAAAUUAUUUUUAACGAUUCAAAUUUAUAAAUAUCUAAGAAUUCAUUUUUAAAUUAAAAAAAAAAAAGAAUUAAUAUUCCAAGGGUUGUUAAAUCCACCGAUAUAACGAAUUAAGAAAAAAUGGUUUAAAAUCGGUCAAAUUAACCCCACCUAAAAGAAAAAUAAGUUUAACAGGCAAAAAGCAUAUACGGUCAACUUCCCCCCAGAUGGGGUGAACUUGACCAAAGGCAUUUUUUAUUUUUUUUUCUAAGUCAUGAAUAUUUUCUUGUAAUUAUAAUUAAAUCUACUGAAAGUACACGCCUAAACCCAUAACAUAUUUGCAUAUACAAAAAUGUAGCAAAAUUUAAAAUAUUAUUUUUAAAGGAUUAAAGUACAAAAUCGGUCAAAGUCGCCCCAUUUUACGGUAAGUGUCUUGUUACUUUGCAAAGUCGACGUCAUUACGGUAUUUUACUAAACAUCAACUUCAGAAUAUAUUUUUUAUUCGUAAAAUAUAGGGAAUUUUUUUUAUUUCAAAAUAUGAGGAUAUCUAGAAUGAUAUUAAAGUCAAAUAAAAAAAAUAAUGAGUUAAAAGUUGAAAAUACUUUUGAAUUUAUUAAAGAAAAACAUACGCUGGGGUCACAAUUUAAGGUUAAGAAAUGAAAAAUACGCGCGAAGAGGUUUUUUUUGCAUAAAUACGGUGCACCAUAUAAAAAAAAACAAGAAAGGUUCUUUAUCAUAAAUUAAACGUGGAAUACAAAAAAAUUUUUUUAUUUGAAAUAUAUCAGUGGCGUACUAUUUUUUUCUUAAAAAAAAAUCAGAUUAUUACCCGUAGGCGCGCCAAUAAUGAAUACAAAAUUGUUAUUUGUAUGUCAAAAAACAGGGUUGGCAAAAACCAAGGUUUUUUCGAAAAAACCAAAAAAAACAGGUUUUUUUUAUACAAAAUAUAGUAAGUCCAAAAACUUUAAAAAUGAAUAAAUUAUUUUAUAAAAUUAGCUAAUAAACAAUGAAAAAAAUGAUUAAGACAACUUUUAUUUUUAUUUACACACACAAAAAAUUAAUAUUAGAAAAAAAAACAUUAUCAAACGUUAUAAUAUUCAAAAUAACUAAGUUCAAAAGUAAAAAAAAUAUAAAUUAUUUAUCUUAAUUUUCUUCAUUUGCGUCAGCUGUAGUAAAAACUUCAAAUUAAAACACCAGUUUGGAGGCUCAGUAAAAAAAAUAAAAGCAUAAAACCAGAUUUAAACUAACUGGUUUUUUAAAGAAAAAAAUCAGUUGGUUUUUUACCAGUCUAUUAUAAAAUUUUACCCAACUAACAACUGUAGUGUAAUAAUUCAGUAGCUGUCAAUAAAACCAUUUUUUUACUCCACGACUUCAACAUAUAAUUUAUCAUCGUCGAUCGAAAUGAAACGGACACAGGGCAUUAGAAAUAAUGCGAAACUUAUAUUACAUCGAAUUGUCCACAUAUAAAAAGUUGUUCCUAUAUUUGAGAGUGCAUUUAUUAAGCAAAAAAAAUUAGAACCCUAAUAUACCAUAAAAGGCACACAAUAAAUUCCAAAAUAAAUAUAUUUUUUUCGAAAUUGACACAUGAUAAAGGCCCCUUAAACAUUUACGUUAGCAAGACACACCACAUGGAUUAAAGGCAUUGUUUAUUAAUGUGGGAUUUGGGUAGAAAACCUUGAAGUCAAUAAAUCUAACUUCACUGUCUAUAUUCUACUAAUUUUUGUUCUUGUUCUUCGUCUUAUUAUUUUCUUCUCUUUUUCUACUUCCUAUUCUUUGAGUGUAACCAUUGUUGUAAGUGUUUUACCUUUCCAACGGCAGGUCUGAUGGUUGUGUUUUAAUUUAAUGCUAAUAGGAAAGAAAUAUCAGAUUUUCAAAAAAUACAUUUCGUUUCGUUAACUGCUAGUUUAAAAUCUGGUUGUCAGUUUGUUCUAGUGUCCACGUAAAUAAGUCAUUCUAUUUCACUUGUUUUUUUGUUAUUACUUCAACAUUCGGUCAACAAUACACUAUAUUUUCUUUUUAAAUAAGUAUGUACAGUAUGGAAACCACUUAUUCUGGUUUUGUCAUAUUUUUCAUAUUCCUUUAAAUUAUUUAAGCACAUAAGUGUAAUGUUUACAGAUUCAUCAUUUUGAGUAGACUAUUUUGAAAAUGGAAUAUCUGGGUUCUGACUAAACCACAAUCUGUGUAAACGCUUUGGCAUUGCUACCUCAUUAAAUUAUAGUAGGGAAUUUUUUUAUUUUCUUCUUCUUCUUCUACGACACUACAGCUCAAAUUGAGCCUUGGCCUGCUUUAUUUUUUGCCUCCACCCUUGCUUGUCUGUGGCUGCUCUUCUCCAUACACGGACUCCUAAAAGGGCUUGUGCGUCGCUGUUUACUGUAUCACCCCAGCGCUUUCUUGGCUUUCCAACCGGUCUCCUUCCCUGCAUUCUAGCAUUCAGUGCUCUUUUCGCCUAUCCUCUCCCAUUCUUAUCCGUUCAUGUACGGCCCAUUGCAAUCUUUGUAUUCACAUUCAUAUUUAUUUUCACAUUCCAUUAAAUAUUUUUAAUUGCAACAAUGUCUUAAUUGAUAAGUUUGAUCUAUCUAAAUUUACUAUUUUACCCACUGGAUGUAACUUCAAGUAAAUAAUAAUGUGAACAAAUAAAUAAUAACCUUAAAUUGGUUACUAAGUUACUGUCAAUGGAGAAGUUUUGAACAACUUACGGUUUGCAGACGAUACAUUAAUAAUAACGCAUAACAAUGAUUUACAGAACGUAAUCCAACGCCUUAAUGAACGCUGGGAUGAGUACGGACUGAAGAUGAAUUUAAAGAAAACUAAAUGCAUGAUCAUAACUAAAUCAGCACACGUAAACAUCCAAUUAACUAUUGAAGAUACUGUGAUUGAGAGUGUGGAUAACUACAAAUACUUAGGAACAUGGAUAACAUCAAAUGUAGACCAAACCAAAGAAAUUAAGACACGUAUUGAAAUAGCACGUGCAUCAUUCAUUAAACUUAAAAAAGUUUUUUUGUUGUCGGGAUAUAAGGUUAGAACUACGCCUAAGGAUGCUUCGGUCACAGUAUAAAGAGAGACAGUAGAACCACUCUCCGAAAAAUUGGAAGUAAAAUCUUUAGUCGCGUAUGGCGACCGCGCAAUGUUCUUAGUCGCUUUUGCCCCACUCUCGCAUUGCUACUCGCAUUGAAACGUACGGAUUUUAACAGGGAAAACCCGCAUCCACCACUGGUGAAUUACCAAUUGCGUUCUGCCGGUAUUACUUCUUGAGAUCAAAGCGCCGACAGAAAAGUGGUUUUACUGUGGAACCUCUAUAUACUGUGCUUAGGUGUUACGUGUUUUCUACUCUUCUUUAUGGCUUGGAAGCGUGGACAUUAAAACAAGCCCAUCUGAAUAAGUUGGCCGCCUUUGAAUUUUGGUGUUACAGAAGAAUCCUACGAAUAUCAUGGAUUCAAAGAAUGUCAAACGUGGAAGUAACUAGAAGGAUAGGAAAGAAAGCGGUAAUAAUAUUAACUAUCAAAAGACGAAAACUUGAGUACUUGGGACAUGUGAUGAGAGGGCAAAAAUACUCAUUAUUACAACUUAUUAUGCAAGGUAAAUUCCGAGGAAAUCGAAAUGUGAGAAGACGAAGAAAAUCGUGGUUUAAGAACUUAAGGGAAUGAUUCGAAUGCAGUACUGCAGAGCUAUUUAGAGCGGCAGUCAACAGGGUCCGCAUUGCCACGAUGAUUUCCAAUUUCGAUAGAAGAUGGAACUUAAAGAAGAAGAAGGUUACUAAGUAUUUCUCGUAACUGUGUUACAACUUUGUAACAUGGACAAUUGGACUAUGUACCUUAGGACAGAACUGAUACAUGAUUCACACUUUUCUGCUCAAUUUUGCGACUUUGCACAGCAGCCGUUUCCUUUGAGGGGACAAAAUGUGUUGUAGCUGACGCUUGCCAUAGGUAUCUCUGGCGCUUCGGGAUGGAUCUUGAUUUUUUCAGAAAGCUUUUCCGAGAUCUUAGUCUACUUGGCUGAAUCUGGUGGUCAUACAAGGGGUGUCUUCGAUCCGUGUCCUGCUUCUUUCGUUCUAUAGCUGACGUGACCUGUCUUUUGAUAGGUAGAGGAGCGAUUCCAACUAUGGGGUAGACCUCUUCGAUAGGUGUCGGUUUCAAGCAAUCCGAUAUUAUACGAACUGUUUCAUUUUGAGACAAGUCGACGAUUUUAGCGUGAACAGAGUUUACCCACACUGGUGCUCCAAACUCCACGAUAGUAAAACAUAAUGCUAACGCAGAAGUGCAGAGUGUGUAGUUGUGCUUAUUCAUUUUGUAUUAAUUAGUUUGCGGAUGAUAUUAUUUCUUGCACUUAACUUUUUUUUGACAUCUUGACAGUUGUAAACACACACCUGGAUCAGUGGCGGCUCGUGACCUCAGUAUGCGGGUAGGCGACACAUAAUAUACCUUUAUAUAUACUCUAUACUCUACUAUACUCUACAUAUUAUAUACUCGUAUACCUAUAUACACAGUGUGUCACAUUUAAGAUGAAGAUAUCCCUAUAUUGCGGCUGUCAAUAUAAAUACAGAUUUAAAAUUUUGCAGUCAAGCGAGUGUGAUGGUUUACAUUUUUUAAGAUAGUCAUAGUCAACUCAAAUUUAAAUUUUAAACGCUAUCUACUGCGAAUCUACAAACAGGACGAAUUUUCGAUAUUUUGCUUCGCGUUAGAGAUAUCGGAAAAAGUUAUUUGAAAAAGUUGUUCCCAAUAUUAUUCUAACCCCACGUACCAAAUUUCAUGACAAAAUUCGCACUUUAGUUUUUUCAGUAUUUGUAGUCAGGAUCCUAAAACAUACAAUUGGCUAUCCCGAGAUGCAGCUCGGGACAACGAUUGCCGAAGGCGCAAAAAAUGUAGUUCCCAAAAAGUUCCCGGAAAUUCUCGUCCACUCACUAGGGCUAGACAAGCCACAGUGCUGUGCUUAGCGUAAGAAUGAGAGACGCAUAUCAUUCUGUUCUGUUCUUUAGGUUAGGCGGAUUUUAAAGUGCCUGACCAUAGGGUAGUGCGAUAAUAGAAAUGAGUACUACUACGAGGAGCGUACAAUAAUUACAACUUCGAAGAGAAAUUAAAGAGUAGCUUUUUUUAUUUUAGAUAGGUACUUACGUAUUGUGUCAAAAUUUAUAAAUUACAAUUUUGAAAUAAGUAAUUUAUAUUAAUAAACAAUGUAUUAUUUUAUUGUACAUUUGAAGAAGUCAGGCAGCGCCUACCUUGCCUACCCCGACGGGCCGCCCCUGACCUGGAUUGGGUUUCAGAUGGUUUUUAUAAUAGUUUAGUGCUAAAUCUUGAAGGGCAUUUGCCAGUUUUACUUCGACUUUAUUGAAGAUUCUUCCCCGAGCUCUCUCAGCUGUAUCAUCAGCGUAAAUAAAUUGAGGGGGCCAGAUGUAAAAGGGUUUAAGUGCAGUUUUGAUAGUUUUGAGAUAAUCAGUUUCAAAGUUGUUUGAGUUUUAUAAAUUCUAGGAGUCAUUAAACUAAAAUAUGUCUAGCGUACAAUGUACUAUAAAAUGAUAAAAAUAUAAGGGCAUAUUGUUACUCUUACUAUAUCCUUCCUUUUUUCAAUUAUUAAAAAAAUGUACUUGAAUCGGUACAUGGUGUUGAUAAAUGUUACUGGUAAAACGGUUCAAGUGCAGAUGUUAACUACAUAUUACUAAUCAUUUUUGUCCCAGUUAUCCACAGUGUAACUACAACUGGCACGUUGCAUAAUACUUAAUUAGUCUUCAAAAUUGGUCACAAAUCUAAUAUUUAUUUACUUGAAAUUAAUUCUGUAUUAACAUGUGUUUACACAUUACAGAAUACUAAAAAUAGUUUUGUGGUAAAAUGGUUCAAGCGCACUUAAACCCGUUUAUUACUAUUUGUUUUUACAGAAUACUAAAAAUAGUUUUGUGGUAAAACGGAUCAAGCGCACGGUUAAACCUGUUUACUACCAAAGCAAAUUGCAAUUGUUUUCAGCGAACUAAAUGUAAUGGCGAUAGAUGGCGACUGUAGGGCGAAAUAUGCUUAAAUCGUUUUACCACUAAGUUCUAAUACCAUUUAAGUAUGCGAAUCUGUACUUAGAGUAAAAUUUUAAAAAAGUGCACUUAAACCCUUUUACUUCUAACCCCCUCAAUUGUCUUUGUCAAUAUUGGUUGGUCGUUGGUGUAUAAUAUGUUGUAUUGUAUAAAAUCGGCGCCAGGACACUUCCCUGUGAGAGCCCAUUUUUUGACUCCUCCACCGAAAGUAGUUACGUUUUCCGAACGUGUUCCAAUCCGUGGUCUACAAUUAUUUCUUCCUGUGGUUUCGUCUUUGACUGUGACGGAGAUGUUUCGAAAUGCAUAGUGCUGAGAUCCACAUCAUAUUUAGGUACAAGUCUUUUCUUUACAAUUAAAAUUGCGGAUAGGUUAUCUUCUGCGAUUGGGUAUUUAUGACAGACGGGUAUUUACAAUAGCUCUCCAAUGUGUAAAUAACCGCAACUAGAGGGAAUGCUCUCUUUUCAGUUUAGGCGGUAUUCUUCAACAUAAAUACAUGUUAAUGUAUUGCUCUGACCACGUUAGUUAUUAUAUUUUUAUCCAGUGAAUAAUUUUUAAGCUAGAAAUAAAUAUUCUGGGAUUCAAAUUGUGCUUUUACAAUGGUUACUCAGUUUUAAUAUAAGUUAUACAGAAAUAUCAUUAAUAGAUGUAAUGGUAAUUGGUUCUGGUUUUGUGAUGUGGAACACAUAAUAAAUUAUGUCAUCAUGUACAGAUAAAAAGUUUAAGAUAUUUCAAUAUAUUUACUUAUUUUAUGACGAUUUCUAGAGAAUGAAUUUUAAAAUAAAACCAAAAAUAUUAUUAUUUUGACAAAAACUAUCGAACUGCCGAAUAGUUAUAGUAAGUCUGUGUACUUUGAGGUCUAUUAAGCAAAAUUGCUUCAUGUUUGUUAAGAUUUUAUGGAAAUGAAAUGUACAAAGUUUAAUUGAGAUUUAUCCUAUCAACUAUAAUCUCCUUUUUUCGUUAUUUUUUAUAGUGAUAUGUGAUAUGUCAUAUUAUAUUUAAAUUUUGAUCUUUUUAAUAAUUAUAUUCUACUUGAAAUUUUAAUAUUUUUUUAAUCUUUUCGAAAUGUUAUUAAAUAAUUUAUUACAAAUAGAGAUUUCGAAAACAGUUUACUAUGGUUUGUUAUUAAACCAGGAGGAAUAAACUAAAAAGACAGAUUCACACCCAAGAAAGUUUACAAAAAUCACCAAAUACAUCUUCUUUUUUGGUUGAUCAUAUCGGCCUUCGACGGCAGUCCGUACAUAUUAUAUUAUACUAAUACUUCGCUAAAAAAUUAUAAAAACAACUGUUUUUCAUAUAAAAGUAGACUAAAAUCUAAAAAUUAAAGGAAUAACGCAGAAAACACAAAAAAUCGCCUAUAUAACUUAAUUAACCUAUGAAAUGCCAGUAGUGUCAAAAUUUCAUGAAUGUCAUUAGUGUCAAAAUUUCAUAACAGUGGAGUAAACUUGCAUGAGGUUGGAUCAAUUACAAACAAGCAUUACGGCGUGGUAAAUUUGAAUUACUCCUCUUGGUAUAAAAUCAGAUCAUAGAAUAUUCGAAUUUUUAACUUUUCAUUAGAAGUAAGACCUUAUUUGUGGCUUAAUUAACGAAAUGUGGGGUGUUUUAAAAGGUCAACAUAAGAAAUCCUAAUGUUUUGGUAUGCAUUUAAGAUAGUACAAGACAGGCAUUGUUUUUAAUAAAGAAAUAAUAUGAUACAUAUUUUUUUGACUGCUCCGAACAAUUUUAUAUGACUGAUAUUUUACAAGAUAUGCAUUGUCUUCCCUCUCCUUUUGUCGUUAAUCUUUUUUAGCAUUGUUCAGAAUAGCCUUUAAGGAAAGGUAGGCCUGAGAUUCAACCAUCUUCCAAUGAGAAUUGAGUCUGCUGAUCAUUUAUAUGAAUAUUUUUAAAUUUGACACAAAUUAGAAUUGCAGAUAUUAACGUAAUGUUUUCUGCAUUAGGUCAAUGAAUAACACAGUUAAUGAACACAAACAUCAAUCAUAUUUUAGGGUAACUUUAAAUUAUGUAAAUGCGAUUGUUAUGAUUUAAAAUUUCUAAUCUAAAUUUCUAAAAUCUGCGGACUAUUACUGUUGUCAAAAUAAGUAUUUGAUGCUGCAUCACACACGAAAAUGCAUGAAAUAGAUAGUUCCAUGAAAUAGAAAUCUCGUAAGGUAUCAUUCUUAAUGAAAAGGUAAAAUGUAUCGAAUUUGACUCAAUUCUAUUAAGAAUUUUAUAAUAUAUAAAAAUGUUAUGAUUUUUAAUGAUUCCCCAUUUUGUGAUUUUAUAUAAAGAAUGUAAGUGACUGAAUUUAUAUUUAAUUUAUUUACUAUUAAAACGAAUGGUUGUUGUAUAUUCAGCGUAUAGAAAAUUUAAUAUAUUAUGAUGUUAAUUA